AACAGAAUCACAACAACCAAAAAAAUAAAAAUAAUUCAAACCACCUCAAGACCUUCCUCACCAUUUUCUUCGCCACAUUUCUCUCUUUUCCAUUAACAUUUCCACUUUUAUUUUUUUCCUCUCUCUUUUUCUUCCUGAACCUUGUUUAACCCCUAUAUUUCUCUCUCUCUCUCUCUCUCUCUCUCUCUCUGUAUUUCUCUUUUCUACGCAUUCUUUUGGUUCUCUGGGCUAUAACCGUCGUCUCUACCACCACCACCAAUUUUACCACAAGGCAACGGGACGACGUCGUAAAACGGAAAAAAAAAUGCCGCGCCGUCUCUUUGCCUGCUUCGGAAAAUCAUCAGGUGGCAGCCCGACAGCCACUUCCGUCCCCGCUUCCUCCGUCAAUACGACGGCAGACUUGUCGUCUGAGGAGCAGCGUCGAGGCGGUGCGGUUCUUGUGGAGCUGUUCUCGUCUCAGGGAUGCGCCACGUCACCGGAAGCGGAGCUGCUGUUGUCGAGGCUUGGGAGAGGGGACUUCAACGGGUCGGAUCUGCCUCCUGUGGUGGUGUUGGCGCAUCACGUGGACUACUGGGAUUAUAUGGGCUGGAAAGACCCGUUUGGGUCGAGCCAGUCCACCGUGAGACAAAAGGCCUACGUUGAGGCUUUGAGGCUGGAUACCAUGUUUACACCCCAGGUUGUGGUCCAGGGUAUGGCCCAGUGUAUUGGUAACGAUGAGAAUGCUCUGCUUCACACCAUCAGGGAUGCCCCUCGAUUCCCUGCUCCUACGAUGCAGGCAACUUUCAAAAGACCAACAUCGGACUCGUUGGAAGUGUCAUUAACGGGAGCGUUGAGGACGAAGGUGGACAGCCAUGGUGCAAAUGUGAUGGUUGCUUUAUAUGAGAACGGCUUGGUGACCGACUGUCCCAAGGGAGAGAACAGAGGGCGUGUCUUAUCCAAUGACUUUGUUGUUCGGAAACUCGAAAAGCUCUGCGCUGUCAAAGAUAUUUCUGCCAAGAAGACUGUUUCGGGCACUGUAAAUUUCCCUCUUUGGGACACCUUCAAUCCCACCAAAUGCAGUGUUGCUGUCUUUGUUCAAAGCUCUUCUCAUCAGAUUUUCGGUUCGCAGAACUUUCAGUUGCCGGAUAACAUAUGAGAAUUGAUGUUGUUGCGCUUACAUAUAUAGCCUCUUCAUUGCUUUAACUAAAUAUAUUCGGCCACCAUUUUAGGCCAUUUAUGUACAUAAUGUGUUCUUUUUUUAGGCUACUGGUUUUUUUUUCUAUUCUUUGCUUUUCUUUUCAUUAUUUUUAUUUUAUUUUUCAUUAUUUGGUGGUUGUCUGGUUUAAAAUAUCUAGGAGGAGGAGACGAAUUUGCACGCUUGGUGUUAUAUGAAUUUUUCAAUUGUUGCUCUGAAGAAUCAUUUUAUACGUGUGGGAAGGUUUAUUGCUA